UGCAGUGUAGCCAAGUGGUGAAAAUUUCCGUGGGUUGAAACUGACUUCCACUGAAAUUCUUGUAAGUUUGGAGUUGUUGUGGCAACAGUGUUGAUGACAAUGUUACUACGCAUGCCUGUAGUGUUUUGUGGAUUUUUGCGAUAUAGCUAUUUAACUAUUCUUAGCUAUUUCCAAAAUUGCGACGGUAGCGGUGAAGCGCUAUGACAACGUGUGGACAAGUCGCGUUUCUUCAGUUAUAAUUGAUAGAAUGAGUCGUGUUGUCAGUUGUAACCGAGAAAGAUUAAAAUAAACCAGUCUAAUAAUGGAACAACAUGUGUAAAACAUUGUGAUAUAGAGUAAUAUUAAAUUGAUGACCAAAUUUUUUAAAUAUAUGGAAUGGCGCCAAUGAUUUAUCCUUCGUCUGUGUUUGCGAUAUUUUUUAUAAUCUUUUGGUUUGCUAUGUGGCUUUUACAUCUUAUAGCAAUAUUCUAUGGUAAAUACAGGCUGCAUAAUAAAGUAUCAAACCUUCCCCCUGACGAACCGUGUCCAGGAGUUUCAAUUCUAAAGCCGCUUAUGGGUGUAGAUAACAAUUUAUCAACAAAUUUAGAAACGUUUUUUACCAUGAACUACCCUGUGUACGAGCUUCUGUUUUGCAUAGAAGAUGAAACCGAUCCCGCAAUUAAAGUUGUAAACACACUAAUUGAAAAAUAUCCUAAAGUCGCAGCUCAUGUGUUCAUUGGUGGUUCAUUAGUUGGUGUUAACCCAAAAAUUAACAACAUGAAUAGAGCUUACGAAGCCAGCAUAUAUGACUUGAUACUCAUAUCCGACAGUGGCAUAAGAAUGAAAGAAGACACUUUAUUAGACAUGGUUAACCACAUGGAUGAAAAGACUGGAUUGGUUCAUCAACUACCUUUCACCUGUGACAGGCCCGGUUUUGCGGCAACAUUAGAAAAGAUAUAUUUUGGUACAGCACAAUCUAGGAUAUACUUAGCUGCUGAUUUUGUACGGACUAAUUGUCACACCGGCAUGUCAGCGUUAAUGCGAAAGCCUGUUCUCGAGGAACAGGGGGGUUUAAAAUCAUUUGGAUGCUAUCUAGCUGAAGAUUUCUUCAUAGCACAAUCGUACAUUAAAAGAGGAUGGAGAACUGCAAUUAGUAGCCAACCGGCGAUGCAGAAUUCGGGCAUUUGUGAUAUUGAGAGUUUCCAAGCCCGUCUUACAAGAUGGGCAAAAUUACGAGUUGCAAUGAUUCCGUAUGUGAUUCUUUUUGAACCUCUUUCUGAGUGUAUGAUGAUUGGGGCUUGCACAGCUUGGUCUGUGGGUGUUCUUUUUCAAUGGGACUUUUGCGUGUUUUACCUAGUACAUAUUUUAAUAUGGUUUAUCUGUGAUUGGACCCUAUUAUGUAUAGUUCAGAACGGUUCCUUGCCUUUUAAUAAAUUUCAUUUCGUAAUUGGCUGGUUAUUUAGGGAGUUGUCGGGUCCGUAUUUGUUUAUUAACGCUGUGCUUGAUCCUCCAAUAAAAUGGCGCAAUAGAGUUUUUAAAUUAGCUUGGGGAGGAGUCGCACAGGAACUACAUCCUAGAAUAAAAUGUUAAUUUAAACAAAUUUAUUAUGUGUUUAGUUCUGAUUAAUUUAUAAAUUCAUCACAUUGUUCUCAGUAUUUCGUAAGGUUUGAAUGAACCCACCAUUUAGACAUAACAUUUUUUGUAUUUUAUCAAGUACUUACGAUGUACUUUAUACUGUUCUCGACCAUUUCAUUCAUAUGUAUGAUGUUGCUUUAUCAUUAACAAAUAUUAUAAAUCACAUUAUGUAAAUAUAAAGCAAUUUAUUGUGAUAAAAAUCAUACUUAUUGUAAAUAUUGUUCCAUUAUCUUGUUACGGUGUAUGUGUAGUUUUUUAUAAUGCAGAUUUAUUGUAGUAAGUUACUACUUGCCCGUCAGUUUUGUAAACAUUGGAAAUAUCCGAAAGUUUCAGAAAAAUUGGCAGUAACGUAAUGAUCGUUCAGAAUCAUCAUCUGUACUUAUUGUUAGUAUUGUUAUUGUUUCGUUAUUUUUUGGUGAUCAAUUUUGAAUAAAACUAAAUGGUGGGUUCAAGAAACGAUAACUUGUGAUUCGAUUACAUUACAUGAAGAAUUAGUUUGAUUUGAACUCAUAUUCAAAAUACAUAUCACAAGUAAUCAUGUGUUUUUUACUUUGCAUUUUGACCGCUGACUGCUAUUCUUCGCUUGGAGACAACUUGAACUUAACAUUUAGAUUUUAAUCCAAGACUGAUCGCUUGAUGUUUGUUUAAUUUAUGUUCAGUUGGCCAUUUUGUAUUCAUUAUUUUUUAAUAUAUUAUUUUAAUCAA